UGGCAAUUAGAUUGCCCUAUCCCCCAUGGUGCUAACUAAAUGUGGCAAAACAAAAUAGAUGCCAGGCAAUAUGAUUACUGAAGCGAGUCGCGGAUGAUGAUGGUCGAGCGGAAGAUUCCGAAGGCACCAAAACUGAUAGCUGCUUUACUCCAAUGGGCGGGCGGGCGGACGGACGGCCUGGAUUGGUCUGACAUGGCAGUGAUCGACGGUUGUGGAAUGUGACAGGUGGCACAUGCUUAUCGACAGACCAACGGCUGGGUUGGCUCCACGUUCACAGCUCCAUCCCUUCUUAUCCGCGCAAUCCAACGGACCGGACCCAGCCAAGCCAUUCCCCACCACCCUCUCCCUCCUCUUCUUGUCGCACUGCACAUAAUAGUCUCCAAAGAUUGAAUUUUCGUACAAGUGUCCUUCCUUCCAGUUAACUUCAUGCUCCUGCUUGAUCAGGCUAGAGUGGUUUGAUUGCUUCUUGAUUUGAGACACAGAUCGGGGAGAGGAGCCAUGCCGGAGUCGGACAACGACUCCGGCGGGCCGAGCAACACCGGCGGGGAGGGGGAGCUGUCGUCGCCGCGGGAGCAGGACCGCUUCCUGCCCAUCGCCAACGUGAGCCGCAUCAUGAAGAAGGCGCUCCCGGCCAACGCCAAGAUCAGCAAGGACGCCAAGGAGACGGUGCAGGAGUGCGUCUCCGAGUUCAUCUCCUUCAUCACCGGCGAGGCCUCCGACAAGUGCCAGCGCGAGAAGCGCAAGACCAUCAACGGCGACGACCUCCUCUGGGCCAUGACCACCCUCGGCUUCGAGGACUACGUCGACCCCCUCAAGCACUACCUCCACAAGUUCCGCGAGAUCGAGGGCGAGAGGGCCGCCGCCACGUUGACGUCAACCGCGCCGCAGCACCUGCCCGACAAUAAUGCCACCGGUUACGCCGACUAUGGUGGCGCCGCUGUCCCCGCCCCGGCCCCGGGAGGCAUGAUGAUGAUGGGGCAGCCCAUGUACGGCUCACCGCCGCCGCAGCAACACCAGCAGCAGCAGCACCAACAUCAGGUUGCAAUGGGAGGGAGAGCGGGCUUUCCCUAUCACGGAGGCAGCAGCGGUGGCGGCGGGUCGUCUUCUUCGUCGGGGUUCGGACGGAAAGAGGGGUGACAUCUUUUCUUUUCUUUUCGUUUUGAGCUGACCAAAGUGAGUGAUUUCAACAUAUGUUCCUCUCUUGGAUGAAGCCGUGACUUGUAGCUUAGGGAAAUCCAUUCAGUACAAGGAGGAAUAAUUGUUCAGCAAAUCAGUUUUCUUCUAUAAACAGGAGGAAUGUAUAACUACGAGUCUACAAAUCAUACCUGGGAAGCUCUCCAUGAAUUACUUGUUUAACAACAUGGCGAGACACAAUACCAAUA